ACUACUAGUUAGUAGUGGUCUGGUUUGGAUCUGCAGCACCUUCAAUGUCACUUUUGUUGUUUGAAUAAUAGCUAAAUUUCUGACAAAAAAUUGCUUGUUAAUCUAUCAAACAUGUACAAAUCAAAUUGUAAAUUAGUUAGUUCUGUGAGUAACAUAUUCCUACAGUGUGCUGCUUCUCCAAAUUCAAAUGGAAGCCCUCUACGUGUAAGCAGUGGACUGCAGCGAGCGUUAUGUAGCAGUGAUGUUAGAUUUGAGCCGAACGCAGCAUCCACCGCAGAGCCUGCCCGCACUUCCAAAGACUUCAGCCAUAUUCCUCCACUGCCUGGCGAGGACAGCUCACUGCGAUGGGGUGGGAAGAAGUUUGAAGAGUUGCCGAUCGCUCACAUUAAAGCCACGUACAACAACACACACAUCCAGCUGACAGACAGUGCAGGACAGUCGCUGAUCAGGACAUCCUGUGGGACAGAAGGAUUCAAGAACAUCAAGAAGUCAACACCUAUCGCUGCUCAGACUGCAGGCAUUGCUGCUGCUGCUAAAGCCACAGCGAAGGGAGUCACGUUUGUUCGUGUUCUGGUCAAAGGUCUUGGCCCUGGACGUCUGUCUGCAAUCAAAGGCUUGACGACGGGAGGCCUGGAGGUGGUAUCAAUCACUGACAACACUCCCGUACCACACAAUGGAUGCCGCCCACGCAAAGCCAGAAGGAUGUGAUCUCCCUGAAUUGGAAUGCACUGCAACAGGAGGAAGUUAUUGUGUUGUAAUAUGUUAAUAAAGUGUUUUGUUGUACAACU